AUGGCAUUCUUUUAUGGGGGGAAAUACUUUGACAAAAGAGGAUGCUAUGUCAUUCUACCUGUCUCCCCUUUUGGAAGAUUCGAUUCUAAUGACAACACGGCGGAAGUGGAUGAAGAAAUUGAAGUGCUAGAAGGACCAGAGGUUGAAAUUGUGGACUCCUUCGACGAUAGUAUAAAUUGUAAAUUGGAUAUGGAAUCUAACAAUACUGAUUCAGAAAACAUAAGCACAAAAGAUGCUUCUGCAGAUCAUGCAACAAAUAGCUAUCAACCUGGCACAGAGCCGGAUAACAAAUAUUAUGAAGUUGAAGCUAUCAUUGCGGGACCUAAAAAGCGAAGAGAACAUCUUUUUAAACUGUGUUAUAAAGUUCGCUGGAAGGGCUAUGGACCUGAAGCAGACACUUGGCAACCACUUGCUGAUUUAGCCAAUGUUCAAGAUAUGAUUGAGGAAUUUAAAAAAGAGAAGGCGGUAGAAGCUAAGAAAAGAAAGCAGAAGCCUGCUGUUGAAGCUCCUGAGCCAAAAGAAAUUAAAGAACAGACUUCAGAUUCAAAUUCUCCUUCAGACGACAUGGAUAAUGAGGCCCAGCAGUAUGAUCCUGAAUAUGGAACUGUCAAGGAUAAGUUUUGGAAGGAUCUGGAAUUGGGACGUGUUGAUCAUUAUUCAGAUCUGUUUUCAGGAGACAUGUACUCCAAAAUAAAAGGCUGUCAGAGAACUGCUCAUGCUGAAGCAGUGGCAAAUAUUCACAAGCAACAGUCACAUGGGAAGCCCAGUGUUAGCCCUCUGACAGUGAAACCACUGAUAUCACCACCUGCACCAAAGGCACAUUCAAGUAGACGGCACAGGGGUGCUUUGAACACAUCACUUCCUAAGUCAUCUCCCACAACUGGGGCCACAAGAUCACAACUUUCACCUGGCAAAUCCCGCAAAAGAUCUUGUGAACCAUUCAGUGCUAAAGGGUACACAUCUUCAAAACGUUCUCGCAGGUCUAGGGAACUGAAAUCAGGGAAUAUGUCGCCAGAAAAGAAACGAGUCAGUAUUAGUUCUGUCACCUCAGAGACUAUUGGUGUUGUCACAACCACCAGCCCAGUGUUAACUCCGCCUGUGGUCCCCAACUCCAGAACUGCUACAUUUUUCAGCCAAGAGCCUGGUGUUACCACUAUCACUUACUCAAAUACUUCUCUACAGAACUAUAAGCCAUCAGACGAUGAUGAAGAAGAAAGUGAAGGCAACAGCAGAAUGACUGUCACCUCUGAGACAAUGUUAACUGUCACCACAGAGACCAAGUUAUUGGAUAUGAAUGAACUAUUGCUGUCUGAUGAUGCAACACCCACUAAUGAGUCAGUUUCAUGUGCCACAGUUAAAUGUAUCAAUGGUGCUGCAAGUUCUAAUGAUUCAUUGUCUGAUUUUCAAGAAGCCAGUGGAGCCACAUCCAGUGAAAACAUGUCUGCUCCAAAAGAUACAAACCAAAGAUCCACAUUAGACACACAGUCAGAAGCCUGUGGAGCAGUGGAGCGAACACAUGAUCAAGAGUGUCUCUGGGGUGGGGCAUGCAAUAGAUCAGAUUGCAGGGCUAACCGCAGACGCAAUAUGAAAAACGGCAAAGAACAAGCUGGUGGGGGGCCUCCGCAUAUAAAAGAUGAAAGCCCCCACUCGCCACAGAACUCUCAAGAGCAUGGUUCAGAAAAUGUAUCUCAAAGUGCUGGCGCUUCUACUGACAAGACAAGUGGCACUUUCAGAGAUAAUUCUUUGUCUCAGUCUAGAAACUGUACAGCUGAUCCUGGCAAUACUUCUCCUAUGUCUAAACCUGAAUCAUCCAUAAAAUCUCAUCGCCAUAGUUUUUCUUCAACAGGUGUCAAUAUGAAAAAAUCAUCUACCCCCGUUUACAGCUCUGACUCCAGUUUUGAAGAGGCAUUACACCCUUCUGUACCUUUAAAUAGAGAGGCUUUAAAGAGCUCUUUCAGUCACUUGGACCCACAAGCACCUCCUUUGCAUUUAGACAGCACUUACAUACGGAACUCUUCAGCCAUACAACCUGGCACAUCUGAAACAUGCACAGUACCAUCUGGGGUCAGAAAAAACUCUGAUCUUACAGAGAGGCCAGGCUUAUUUAGUGACAGUGCUUUCAGCUUUAUGGCCCAUGAUUUUGGAAGGGCCUUAAGCCAAACAGUACCUCUACCUACAAGCGGCAUUAAUCUGAGCUCUCCCGGGAAAGAGAAUUUUGGCAACUCCACAGUCUCUAAGUCAGGUAGUCGUGACCGAUUGCAUGGCAUUAUGGAGGUUGACUCGAUGGAGCCUCAGUUUGAAUCUUCUGUCCCAUCACAGUCUCGGAGUCUUGGAGAAUCACAAGAGAUGAGGGCUAGAAAAAGGAUGAGUGAGCUUUCACAGCCAUUAGAGAAAAUACCUUCUCCUAAUUCUAGACGAGAUUCAGAUCUUGACAGACGUAUAAGCACAUUGACUUGUGAUGAAUUGGAAGAUUUGGUGGAACAGGGAGAAGAAAGAUUGAGUUCAAAAGAAGUUGGCUUUGUAACAAAUGCUGAUCUUCUGCAAGCUGUUAACUUGGGUAAAGCUGAAGUAGUGAAGAGAGCCAUUAGACAGUCUAGUAUGUCUGAGAAAAAGCUAGAUUUUGAACAGCCAGACAAUACUGGCCUCACAUUACUCAUGAGGGCUGUGCAGAAAGGCUCACUUGCUAUUGUUGAGAUGUUAUUGGAACAUGGUGUGGAUGUGAAUGCCCAACAAACUAAUGGUAACAGUGCACUGAUGCUAGCUGCAGAACAGAAUGGUGUUUGCUUAGUAGCCCUUCUUCUAAAAUAUGGAGCCAACAGUAGUUUGUAUACAGUUCACUCAGACCAAGCAGAAACAGCAUUGAUGAAGGCCAUCAAACGCCAGCACAGAGAAGUUGUUAACCUGAUGCUACGUGUGGGAGUUAAUAUAGCUGCUCCUAAUUGUACCAGUAUUUCUGCUUUGGAGUUGGCUAUUGAGAGAAGAAAUCCACAAAUUGAGGCUCUCGUUUCAGCGCAUUAUCAAAGGUUGGAGCAAGCUUUCCGAAGUAGAGUCUUGGUGACAUUAGAAGAGACUGCCCAACUUUUAGAGCCCUUAUUUCCCUUGCAAUGCUUUCCCCUUCGAGAGUCUCAAGAGUUUCUGGUCAAAUUCAACAGUAACAUUCACCCAGUAGCUCAAGGGGAAGGCUUUCUCCUCUUCAUUGCGCAUACCAAAAUCAACGACAAAGGUGUACGAUGUAGAUUCCAUGGCAGUUGUCCAAUAGGUGCUGUUACACUUAAUGGAGUCAAGCAAACACCACUAACAAAGGAGGUCAACUUUGUAACAUCAUGUCAUCCCAUUAUACCUGGCUGCAAUACAUUGAUCAUUCACAAACUAGAGGAUUACACUUCAAAGGCCAAAUUAAUUGUGCAAGCUUUCAGAGCCAAACUUUUGCCUUGUUGAUUGCAAAGAUAAAGAUUAUUUGGGAUUGGUUGAAACCACAGAGAAAAAAAACUAAACAAACAUUUCAAAGAUUGUGGUGGAAAGCUCUGCAGGAACUUACAGCUCAACAUUUCAUUUGGCAGGACUUAUUUAUUUGUACUAUUUAUACCUUUUUAUACACAUGUUGUAUUUGAUUGAACAUUGCAUUGAAUUCAUACUGGUGAAUUGAUGUUACAUUUUAUAUUUCUGUUUUGUUUCCCAUUUAUAUUUCAUUCAAUGACUCUUCUUGUUGAUAUUCUCUUGUAUUUUUUUUUUUAAUUCUUAGACAGUGGUUUUCAAGUCAUGGGUCACAACCCUCUCAAUAGGGGUUACAAAAAGUUUCAGUAUAGAAACUUUGGACAUUUUAUUUUUUACAAGUCAUUUAAUUCAUAUUUCUUAAAAUUCUUUAAUUGGGGUAAUUGCAAAAAAAAAAGAACAAAAUGAGAACCGCUGAUCUUUGAUACUUGAAUGGUUUGGUUGAUGAUUCCUUGUCAAAUUUAUUGUUUUGGCUUUAUGCUUACAACUUGUUAGUUUUUUGUUCAAUAACUAAAGGGCUAUCUAAAGAAAGUUGAAGCUUUGCCAAGAACAUGGGUUAAACAAAUAUCACAGUAAAAAUGUACAAAUAAUUGUUCUCAUAGCCUAAUUGGGAAAGUGGCGAAAGAUUAAAAACUCUAAAAAUGUAUUUAAGAGAAAUUUCCUCAAAUUUAAUGUAAUGUUUCCUUAGGAUCUUAAUCUUUGUAUGUUGUCAUUUGUGUUAUAUGUGUAUCAUUUAGUACAUUAGAUGUUUGCAAUUGAGGAAAAUAUCUGUUUCAAUGUGAUAUGGGUGCCUCUUGUUAAAUCUAAAAUAUCUGUGUUGAUGCUGCUGAUGUGAUGUAGUUGGUGACUUUGUUGAAUAUGUCAUGAAGUAAAAAGAGAUAUGUGUUAAUGUAUUGGUAGAGUCUUUAUUUCCAUCUGUGAUAUAGGAUGAACCCUUGUACAUUGCACAUUUAUGCUUAAUUUUGAUUACCAUUGAAUGAAAUGAAUUGUCUGAAAUAGUGACUCACAAAUCCUUCAGCAUGAAAUCCUGACCCUUCAAAUUGACUAUUUACACAUUACAAUGGAAUUUUCUCUCCUUCCCUUGAUUACAUCUCUCUCAUACACUACUGAAUCAACUUUAGAGAUUGCAUUUUAUGUCAAGAUAUGCUUACACCAGUGUUUAUCAAACAUGUACUAGUGAUACCUCUGUAGUCCACAAAAUUUACAUUAGCAUUCUCAGCUUCAGAAAAUUGUUCUCCCUUGUCUACAAGGCACUAUGUUCAAUUAAUUUAUGAAGAGGUGGUAGGGGCUGAUACUAUAGAGAGCAUGUACUUUUGUAAUGGUCUUGAUAUUUGUAAGAUUAUCUUUUGUGUUGAUCAAGACGUCCUCUAGCGAACCUGUUUUGUUCACUCCUGACAUCAACUAAACAAUGUUACUUCAUUCAGAGAAAUUUGUUUGUUUGACAUAAGACAGGUAGAAUGGCAUAGACUUAUUGAAAUGGCUUCUUGCAAAGAAUGUUUUGAAUUGAUCUUAUCAUGAUACCUCUUGCAAUAUGUAAGUGCCUACAUAGAAGGAUAAAAAACUUUCGCUUUAUUUAAAAAUUAUUUUAAACAUUGAUAAUACUUGGAAGAAGAAGAAGAAGAAUGUCACUCAUUUUUAAAGGGGGUAUUUUAAACAUUGGUACCAGUAAUAAUGGUGUUCUUAGUUGGUUCAUAAUCAAAUAUGGAUUUAUGACUACAAUGCAAAUAUGACAAAUUGUGUCUUUGAAAAAAAAAUUGUCUUUGUUCACCCUUUCACCACAUCGCGUGAAUCACCCCACAGUUUGAUAAACCCUGUCUUACAUUUUCAACUAAAUGUCUAACUGCAUUAUUUCAGUUGAAAACUAAAAUGUCUAUGACUUACAAACAACAUAUUCUUCUGCCACUGUUGAAGUUGGUUUUCCUUUAAAGAAUCCUGAGAGUAAGCUUUUUCAUAUCUGUUCCUAGAGUAGACUUUUCAUGUCUACAUAAAACCCUAUAUUAAAAUAAUUGACUAUAGGUUGAGAAAUAAUGGUUUGAUCUCUUCAAGUCACAUCAUGAAUGCAUUAUCUAUACAUGUUGUCUUUAACCUCUGAGUAUGAGUGAUAUCUUGUGUGAUCAAGAGAAACAUUACAUAUAUAUUUGUGAACAUAACAUUUUGGUUAAAUUGCAUGAAAAAAUUUUCAUCUAGCAUUUACAAAAAAAAAAUUUUUUUUUUUCGUUUAGUUUUUGUUGGUCUGUGCAAAUUAUUUUUUUUAAUUACUUAGCUUUUUUUUUUUUUAAACCCUUUUCUCUGAAAAAUAUUUUCAUUAAAAAUUUGUAUCAAAGAAUUCAUCCUUUGACUUGUAGAUCAAUGAAAAUAACUUUAAAAUUUCCUUUGAAUUUGUGAAUAAACUAUUUGCUCAUCUGUCACUUACUUUUGUCUUAAAGGUACUGUGGCAGUUCGCAUAACCAAAUUGCUCCAUUUUUCCACAGUCAGCAGCAGUUCUUAGCAGGAUAUCAGGAGAGAGGCUGGUCCAUUCUUUUAUGGUGUCCAGACAGCUUUUCUUUGGACAACCAUUUUUUAAAAAGUCAACCAACUAAUAGAUGUAUUUUUUCAUUUAAAGUGCACUUUUUAGUAUUUUGUUCUUUGUCACUAAUUCAUCACUCAAAUAUAUUCUUUCAGACUUUUGAAUUUUGUGAACUCUGAACUGCUGUUGAUAAAACACUAUCUGAUUUUAUUUUAUUUUGUACAACUUAUAGACUUAAGCCAAAUGAUAAUUUGACCCCUAGUUUUCGUAAGCCAUUUCAUUUAGUAAUUUUAGUCAUUAGGUGUCUAGUACAUUUGUGAGAGCAAAAGGAUGCUUUUUUUUUUCAUUUAUAAUCAUUGUUGUUCAGCCAUCUAAUAAAGUGACUAGUUUUAUAUACAUAUUUUUUUUUCCACUUUUGGUUUUGUCUGGCUCUUCAAAUUAAUUCUAUUUUAUAUCAUAUUUCACCUAGCUUGGCCAUCAAUAGAUGGUUUUGUAUAACUUUUCAAUUCAAUUAUAUUUCACAUUGCUUGGCCAGAUGAAAUUUUGAUGCCUUUUAUAUACUUCUUGCUCAGACUGAAUAAAUGGCGAUUGAGGCUGCUUCAUCUUGGAAUUAUUUUUCGUUCUUUGACAAACUGAAUUGUAAAUUUGUUCUCUUUAUUCAUUUAUAGAUGUUUUUAAAAAGUUAGGUUGUAUUUUUAUUGUUGUCUUUUUUUUUUUUUUUUUUUCCAAAUCUGUAUAUUAAGUUAUGGCAUUGUGUUUUUUUUUUAUUUUUGCUGCAAAAACUCUUAUUCUUAUCAUACAACUGACAGUAGUAUGUGCAUGUAUUUAUGUAUGUUUAGCUCUACUCUAAAUGUACUAGACAAGAAUGAAUUAGAGAAUGAACUUGUCCACUGUUUAGCAGCUGCAGUGUCUAUGUGUGUGCACUCAUAUUUACAUCCACCCUAUCCUUCAAAUAUUGUACAAUGAACCUGAGCUUAUAUUUUGUUCUCAUCCAAAUGUUGUUCCAAAAUUUGAUUGCUGUUGUAUUUAUGUGUAUUUUUUCUGUUGUGUUGUCUUUAUAUGAGAAACGAGUCCUUGUAAUCACAACAAAUUUCCGUAAGGAUCAAUAAAGCAGUCUUAGUCUUAGUCUUAGUCUUAGUCUUGAAUAUCAAAAGUCAUAUUUCUAUAGCUUAGGAUAUAAUGGAAAUAAAAUCAAUCUCUAGUUGAUAAUUACAACCUGUUAUAUGUAAUUUAUAUCUCAACUCAACAUGCUUACAAAUCAGCUUUAGUCAUACAGAAUGCCAUGAAAAUUGGGUUUUGUAAUGUCAUGAGUACAUUCAUUUAUUGAACCUUUUCCUUGCUGUACAAGCACUGACACCAGUCAUCAUGGCAUUCUAUCUGGAGGUUAUAUAUGCACAUGUUCAGUAUGCCAAAGUUUAUGUUUUAGCAAAGUGACAGAGAGCUGCAUUUGGGUUGUUAACAUACAAUUAUUGGUGCCAUUACAUAGCUAAACACUCCUUGCAAGUCCAAACAUUACUUGUAUAUCAGGAAAUAAAAUAAGACUUUCCACACAAGUUAACUCAGUGGUUGUCACUAGCUCAGCUUGCUAGUAGAUCAGCUUCUAUAAAGCAAGCAAAUAAUAAUAAAAAAGAUUUCUCUGGAUCAUGAUUUCAUAUGAAGUUCCUGCAAUGAUUGAGGAUAGAAUUGUAUACUAUGUUUAGUCAAUGCAUUCUUCCAACCCAUUUUGUGCCAUAAUGAAAUGCUUUAAGAUGGCUUGAUUUUGUUUAAUGUGUUUUAUUACUGUUUUUUUUUGUUAAAUGUUUAACAUUUGUUUACAGUCAGAAUAGUUCAUUCACUACACUCAACUGGUGUGAUGAAAAACAUGUUUCAUGCUUUGACCUCAAUUUUACUCAAUACUUAGUUAUUAGUUUGUGCAUUGAUCUCUGGGCAGUCCAGAGAAUGUGUGCAUAAGUAGCACUUGUCUAAAUGAUCCCUAAUGUUCCCUGUAACACAGGAACUUGUAUCAAAUUUGAAAAGAAAAAAAUUAGAUGAUUAUGUUUUAUUCUUGAACAGCAGCUGUUUGAUUUCCAUGUUUUGUAUAAACUGUUUCAUUUGAGUCAACUCAUUAAAGAUUCAUGUAGUUCA